CUCCUUCACAGGUUAGCUCUGGCUUUGUUCGGGAAAAUGGCGUUCUCUCUCUCUCUACCAUCAUCUUCUCAUCAUUCUCUUCGCCAUGGCCGAGACUGUAAGCUAAGCUUGGCUCAGGGUUUCACCCAGAGGCUUGAUUUGGGGAAGAACAGAAAUGGAAGACUAGGGUUCUUCAAGAUUUGGUGCAGGUCAUCCGUGGUUCAACAGUUUUCAUCACCCGAAAAUACGACUUCGCUCGUGAAAGAGCCUCAUAAGUACUUUGAUCAAGUGAUCAUCACUGUUCGUGCCGGCGAUGGUGGUCAUGGUGCAGUCCUGACCAUGCCUAACCAAAGACCAGACAAGUCACAGGGGAAAUCCCGAAAGGACAAGACCAAGCGAAGAAAUCCGUCUUACAAGAGAGAUUAUGAUGGGUCGGUUAUACUUCCAGUGGGCGGUCAUGGAGGGGAUGUGGUGAUAUAUGCAGAUGAGGAGAAAGAUUCUUUGUUGGAACUUCAUAAUCAGAAAAGGUACAGCGCCAAACGGGGCGGGAAUGUCGAUUCCUUGGGUGGCUUAACCUGGCAACUUCGUGAUGGAAUAGGAGCUCCUACCUUGCGAAUUCCAGUCCCUGUAGGAACCGUCGUGAAACUUAAGCGGGGGAAGUUGCUGGCCGAUCUUUCACAUCCCGGGGACGAGGUUCUUGCUGCAAGGGGCGGUCAGGGAGGAAUUAGCUUGUUAGAAGUGCCGGAGAAGACAAGGAAGCGGGUAAUGUCUUUAACAACAAAUGUAAUGAGAGAUGAUAGUGACAAGGUUCUAGUUCAUGGGCAACAAGGGGAAGAGGUUAGCUUGGAACUGAUACUACGAAUUGUAGCAGAUGUCGGUCUUGUGGGUCUUCCAAAUGCCGGAAAGUCUACCCUUUUAGCAGCUAUAACACGGGCAAAACCCGAUAUAGCCGAUUAUCCAUUCACCACCCUGAUACCGAACCUUGGCCGCCUAGAGGGUGAUCCUUUGUUAGGUCCAUAUGAGUUUUCGUCUGAAGCAACUGUGGCUGAUUUGCCUGGCCUUAUAGAAGGUGCUCACCUUGGGAAGGGACUUGGACGCAACUUUUUGAGGCAUCUAAGACGGACCCGACUCUUAGUCCAUGUGGUCGAUGCUGCUGCAGAGAAUCCAGUUGAUGAUUACUUAACUGUCAGAGAAGAGCUGAGGAUGUACAAUCCAGAUUACGUUACACGCCCUUUCAUCGUGGUUCUUAACAAGAUUGAUCUUCCUCAGGCAAGAGAGAGGCUUCCACACAUUACCGAAGAGAUUCUCGGAACCGAAACCGAUAAGUUUCAUUCUAAACUACGAAAUCGCUCCGAAAACGACGGUCUCGACAAAGACGAAGAAGAUGCAUCAUAUCGGGAAACUAUAGGAGAAGAGCUCAAUGGCAAUUCUCGACCUCUCGCCGUUAUGGGGGUCAGCGUAUUGAGAGGUAUUAACAUAGACGAGAUGUUGAAAGAAAUAAGGGCAGCUUUGAGGAAUCUGAGAGAAUCAUAGUCUUAUGGUUUCCAGUAUCGGUUACGCAGCCAAAGAGAAUCGGCUUCUACAGAAUACCCAUCUUGGUUCCGAUGCCAGCUAAAGCGGGCAUGAGUCCUGUUCUUUACUUCCAGUAUCCCGUGCCCAAAGCUAGCUUCUCGGUAGGCCGAAUAGCUUGGUUGCGGCUGUGUCAUCCUGCUCAAACCACCAACAAACGGGGUCACGAAAAAAAAAAA